CCCCGCAGGCGCGGGGCAGGAGGUGAGCUGCAAGGGCAGAAAGGAAAUACUAGUUAAUAGGCUUGCUAAUGAGGAGGGGGGAGCACAGAGCUCGAGAGCCGGGUGCUGUCCCACUGUACCUGUAUUUGCAAAAAAUACUCAUCUACACAAAUGACAGCAAUGAAAACAUUUCCUUGGUAAGAAGCAAGUCCUGGGGAGGGCUCAGAGUGAGGAGGGGGUGUCUUUGGGGAGCCCCUGUUCCCGGCCCAUCCGCAGGGGUUCGUGGCUGAUUUCCGGGGCUCUGUGUCCCUCCCUGGUAGCAAAGCCACACGACCGCACUGCGGGGGGAUCUGUGCCGCUGCUGGGGCCACAGCGUGGCCGCGCUGCCCACCCUGAGGGGCUUUUGGUUACAACAAAAAAAAGUAAAAAUUAAAAAUGUCGAUUUUCACAAGUUUGGCCCGAUUGUCUCCAAAUAUUUUGUUGAUCGUGUGGGCUGUUUUGUUUGUUUUUAAAUUUUUCACUCUUGCAAAACAGUGACAUUUCACCUAAUUUGGACAGGGAAGUGGCUCAGCCGGGCGCCUUUCCAUGCCGAGUAAAUAUACUGACUUUUUUUUCCCCAAGCUUUCCCUGGAGGGAGCGGCGGCUCGGCUUGGCACGGCACGGCUCGGCUUGGCACGGCACGGCUCGGCCUGGCUCGGCUCGGCACGCCCUGGCAGCUGCGCCGGCCGCAGGCAGGACUGCGGGACGUGGCGGAGGGGCCGUCCAUCCGUCUGUCUGUCCGAUCCUUUGCUUGGGAAUAAGGCCCAAACAAACCACUUCUAUGGCCAGGUUGUCCCCCACUGCCCCCCUGACCCCAAAUCAUCCUGGGGGGCCAAUUGCAGCCGGCUUGGUGUUUGUGGUUUGUUUUUGGGGGGGGUUGGUUUUCUCCCCUACACACAGGGGUGAAAAUCCCCCAGAUCUUGGCGGUUCCCGCAGCCAGCCGAGCCGGGCGCAGCCCCGGCCCCGCGUUCCCAGGGAUCCCGCGGGUGCCCCAGCACCUCCCGCUCCCCGCGGCCGUGCGGCAGGUGCCUGAGGGAGCCGCCGGCGCCAGCCGGGCCGCCUGCGUGCAGAUGGCCGGAGUUCGCCAGCCGUGCCGGGCGGGCUGGAGGGGCCGGGCCGCGCCGGGACGUGCCGGGCGGGCGGCCUGCGGCCGGAGCGCACAGCCAGCCCCGGCUGGGCCGCAGCGUGUGAGCGGCAGCGGGGCGGCCGGUACCGUGCGGGCAGGCCGGGGUGGCCGGUAGAGUGCAGGCAGUUUGGGAUGGCCCGUAAUUUGCAGGCAGCUCGGGAUGGCCGGUAAUUUGCAGGCAGCUGCCCGGCCGGGAUUGGCUGCGGGGAAUGACGCCCAGCACAACAAAGGUGGAGUUGGAGAAAUUGCAUUAAAAAAAAUUAAGAGAGAGAGAGAGAAGAAAGGGAGAGGAAAGCGGAGGGAGGGGAGAAAACUGCCCCUCGCCCGCCCCGCCGGGGAAAUCCCCCACCGCGGCGUGUCCCGGGGCUGCCCGGGGCCGCGGGGCGGGCAGGGAGCGCGGCCCCGCCGCUCCCCGCCGUACCGGAGGGGACCCACCGGGGCGGGAGGCGGCUCGGCUCGGCUUCCCCCCCUCCGCUUCCCCCCCUUCGUUUUUUUUUCUUUUUUUUUUUUUUUUUUAUGCAAACGCCGGGCGAGGAUUGUUGCACAUUGUUGCAAAAGCAAAGAGCAAUAAAAAACACGGCGAAAGCGGCGGGAGCGCGGGGCGGCGGCGGCGGCCGGCGGUGCCGUUUGGGGAGCGGCGGAGGCUGGCGGCGGACCCCGGCGCGCAGAGCCCGGCUGAUUGGAAGAGAAAACGCAGCGCCAUGGAGGCGGGGGAAAGCGCGAUCGUCUCUGCGGGGACUGGAGCGCGUCCACGCCCGGGGCCAGCGCUGCAGAGCUGGCCGGCGUUCAACCGCCGCUUCCCCGCCCCGGCCCCGCCGAGCGAGCCCCGGCCCCGCCGAGCCGCGGCCCCCCAAAGCCGCGGGCCCGCAGGUACGUGCCUGCGCCGGGGGAGCCGCGCCGCGCCGCCCGGGCUCGCCAUUCGCCGCCGCGCCGCUCCGCCGGCGGGGCUGGAGGAGGCGCUUUGUUCCUCCCCGGGCUCCCGCUGCCGCCGCCACCGCUGCCGCCGCGCACCGGGCUCGACCGAGCGGGAGUGAUCUCGGGAAGCGAGGGAGCCGGCGGGGACCGUGCUGGCCGCAGGCAGGUGGAGGAUGAACGGCGAAGCCGAGUGCCCUGCAGACUUGGAAAUGACAGCUCCCAAAAACCAAGACCGCUGGUCUCAGGAGGACAUGCUGACUCUGCUGGAGUGCAUGAAGAAUAACCUGCCCUCCAAUGAUGGAAGCAAGUUCAAAACCACCGAGUCCCACCUGGACUGGGAGAAAGUGGCUUUCAAGGACUUUUCGGGGGAGAUGUGCAAGAUGAAGUGGAUGGAGAUUUCUAACGAGGUGAGGAAGUUUCGGACCCUCACAGAGCUCAUUAUGGAUGCUGAAGAGCACGUGAAGAAUCCUUACAAGGGCAAAAAGCUCAAGAAACACCCUGACUUCCCCAAGAAGCCACUGACUCCCUAUUUCCGCUUCUUCAUGGAGAAGCGGGCCAAAUAUGCCAAGCUUCACCCCGAAAUGAGCAACCUGGAUCUCACCAAGAUCCUGUCCAAGAAAUACAAGGAGCUUCCCGAGAAGAAAAAGAUGAAAUACAUCCAGGACUUCCAGCGAGAGAAGCAGGAGUUUGAGAGGAACUUGGCGAGGUUCAGGGAAGAUCACCCAGAUCUCAUCCAGAACGCCAAGAAAUCUGACAUCCCUGAAAAACCCAAGACCCCCCAGCAGCUGUGGUACAACCAUGAGAAGAAGAUCUACUUGAAAGUGCGUCCAGAUGUGAGUACGGCCACCACGAAGGAGGUGAAAGAGUCGCUGGGCAAGCAGUGGUCUCAACUCUCGGAUAAAAAGAGGCUGAAAUGGAUUCAUAAGGCCCUGGAACAGCGGAAGGAGUACGAGGAGAUCAUGCGUGACUACAUCCAGAAGCACCCCGAGCUGAACAUCAGCGAGGAGGGCAUCACCCGCUCCACCCUCACCAAGGCCGAGCGCCAGCUCAAGGACAAGUUCGACGGACGACCCACAAAGCCACCCCCGAAUAGCUACUCCCUGUACUGUGCAGAGCUGAUGGCCAACAUGAAAGACGUACCCAGCACCGAGCGGAUGGUGCUGUGUAGCCAGCAGUGGAAACUGCUCUCCCAGAAGGAAAAGGAUGCGUACCACAAAAAGUGUGAUCAGAAAAAGAAAGACUACGAGGUUGAGCUCCUCCGCUUCCUGGAGAGCCUGCCCGAGGAGGAGCAGCAGCGGGUGCUGGGUGAGGAAAAGAUGCUGGGCAGCAACCGGAAAGGGGCGACAAGUCCUGCGUCCAAAAAGUCCUCGCCAGAGACUGGCAAGGCCAGCUCAGAGAAGCCCAAACGGCCCAUCUCUGCCAUGUUCAUCUUCUCGGAGGAGAAGCGGAAGCAGCUGCAGGAGGAGCGGCCGGAGCUGUCGGAGAGUGAGCUGACCCGGCUCCUGGCCCGCAUGUGGAAUGACCUCUCCGAGAAGAAGAAGGCCAAGUACAAAGCGCGGGAGGCGGCGAUGAAGGCGCAGUCAGAGAAGAAGCAUGGCUCAGAUAAAGAGGAGCGCGGGAAGCUGCCCGAGUCUCCCAAGACGGCCGAGGAGAUCUGGCAACAGAGCGUCAUCGGAGACUACCUGGCUCGUUUCAAGAACGACCGGGGAAAGGCGCUGAAGGCCAUGGAGGCCACUUGGAACAACAUGGAGAAGAAGGAAAAGCUGAUGUGGAUCAAGAAAGCAGCGGAGGAUCAGAAGCGAUACGAGAGGGAGCUGAGUGAGAUGCGGGCCCCUCCGUGCUCCACCAACUCCAAGAAAAUGAAGUUCCAGGGAGAGCCGAAGAAACCCCCCAUGAAUGGUUACCAGAAGUUCUCCCAGGAGCUGCUGUCAAACGGGGAGCUGAACCACCUCCCGCUGAAGGAGCGGAUGGUGGAGAUCGGCAGCCGCUGGCAGCGCAUCUCCCAGGGUCAGAAGGACCACUACAAAAAGCUGGCAGAGGAGCAGCAGAAGCAGUACAAGGUGCACCUCGACAUCUGGCUCAAGAGCCUGUCACCCCAGGAGCGGGCUGCCUACAAGGAACACACUUCCAAUAAACGCAAGAGCAUGGGGAAGAUCCGAGGCCCCAACCCCAAGAUGAAGCCAACGAUGCAGUCCAAGUCGGAAUCUGAGGAUGACGAUGAGGAGGAAGAGGAGGAGGAGGAUGAUGAUGAAGAUGAGGAUGACGAUGAUGACAAUGGUGACUCAUCAGAGGAAGGUGGCGACUCGUCGGAGUCCAGCAGUGAGGAGGAGAGCGAGGAUGGGGACGAGAUACUGAGUCUGGUCUCGGCUCCGUUUGCGCCAGUGCCAUUGCCGAGUAAGUCACCAGAGCCAAAGCUUUACACCGGUGCAACUGAAAUCAGAGUGUGCUGGAUGGCGCUGGGGCCAGGAACCGUGUCCGUGCCUGGUGCUCACCACCGCGCAGAACGACGAGGAUGACGAGGACGACGAGGACGAGGACGAGGACGACAACGACUCGGAGGGCAGCAGCAGUUCCUCCUCGUCCUCGGGGGAUUCCUCCGACUCCGACUCCAACUGAUCCAGCCAGGCUCUUAGUAACGUCGUUUGGUUUCUCGGUUUUGGUCCCAGAUCAGCCCCAGCCUCUGCGAAAGCCCUUCCUCCUCCUCCUGCCCCCCGGCGGGCUGCAGCCCCCCUGGGACCCCCGACCGGGGAGCGGGGGCUGGAGGGACCCUCGGCCGUGCUCACACUACAGGGGGGAGCCGGGGGCUGCUCUGCCCCUGGGCAGGGGGAGAGGAGGGGGCACCCCCGUCCCUCCCCCCACCCCUUUAUUGUCCCCUUACCGAGGGAGGGGAAGUGAUUUCUUUUUUUUGAGAUUUCGUUAUUUUUGGAGGGUCGCCUCAUCCUCGCCCCUUCCCCCGCCCUCCCCACCAGCUCCGGACGUUACAGAAACAAAACAGAAACAGGAAAAAAAUUCCUGCCCCCCUCCCCUUUUUUUUUUUUUAUAAAAAACCCCCCACAAAUGGAAAAACCCCGAAGCGCAACCCCGUGGCGCAGACCCUCCGGUCCCCUCCGGUCCCCUCCGGUCCCCUCCCGUCCCCUGCUGUCCCGCCCGGGCGCAGCGGGAGCCCGGCGCUCAGGACUCAGCCUGGGACAACGUCUCUGCCCCCCCCCCGCACCCCACGGGGCCCCCAGCCCCCCGAACCUCGUACAGCGUGGAGGCUGCACCGACACUCGGCAUCCGCGGCGCUGGGGGCGCCGGCUGCGGGUCGUGACCCCGGGGUGGGGGGGGUGCGUGUGAGUGUGUGUGUGGGGUGGGGGCCCCGGGCCGCACGGCUCCCCGCCCCGGUCCUGGACGCUCAGUGUGACCAAGGGGGGGGCGCUGCCGGCCCCCCGCGCUGUUGUUGGUGGUUGUUGUGCCGUUGUAUUUUAUUUUGUUCUUUUUUUUUCUUUUUAUAAAACGAGAAAGAUCCAUCUUUUAUUUUUCUUCCCCCCCGCCCCCCCCGUUUUCCUCCGUCUCUGGUGAAGCUGCUCCUCUCCCUUCGCCCGGACCCCGGGGAACAGGGCUCCCCUCUGCCCGGUUGCCCUCCCAGGGGUCUCUUGCCCCCCACCCGGUGAUGCUGUAAAUAUUGGUGCGGUUUGGGUUUAUUCUGGGGGGUCAAUACCCCCGUUCCCGGGAGGGUGUUGGGGCUGUGGGGACUGGAGGGGCUGGGGGGGCUUCGCGGUGACUGUCUUGGCCCCCCCCGUUUUUUUUUAAGCAGACACAAGCACCAGCAAUACCACAGCACCUCCCUGCAGGGUUCCCACCCCCCACCCGUGUGUCCCCCAAACACGCCUGGUGCGGUUGGGGACCCUCAGCCCCCCACUCUGUUGGGGGGGACACAUAAGGUUUGUCCCUUCUGGUCCCCCCCGUCCUGUCCCGGAGAGGAGCUGGGCUGGGGGACAGGAUUUGGGGGCCCCAGGGAAGGGGGUGGGGGCGCCUGCCCUUGCUCCCCCCGGGCUGGGGAGGCUGCGGGGACUUUUUCUCUUGUGUGCUUUAAUUUAGCCAUUUUUCUCCUUUUUUCACCCAAAUCUCACCUCAGUGGGGGGCGGGGGGGACAAGCUGUGGGUUAUUGGAGUUUUCUGGCUGCACGGGGGGGUCCUGCUCCCUCCCCCCCCCAGCCAUGGCCUCCCUGGGUUUGCUGCUCUUAGCCCCCCCCAAGACCUUGAGUUGCCCCAAAACACAACCAGGGACCCCCCACCCGCCCCAGUGCUGGGGGAGGGGGCACAACACCCCCUGUCAUGGCCUCGAGCCUCAAAUUGGGCUGAAAACCACCAUUUUUGGGAAAUUGCCCCCAAGCCCAGGGUGUGGGGGGUGAGCCCGGGUAUUCCCAUACGGACAAUCCCCCUGGGGCCCCCCAGGGCCCCCAGAGACCCCGGGUGGCGGGUCCCCCCGUGUCCAUCUGUCUGUCCUCUGUCUCCUCCCCCCUCACCUGCGUUUGGGGUUUUCCUUUGAUUUUCUUCCCCGUUUUUAGUGCCCCCGUCCCCUGAGGGGAGCCCGUCCCUUUUUCUGCUGAAUGUACCCAGCACCGUUGUGUUUUAGUGGAUGUGUUUUUAGUACAAGAAAAAGACAAAAAAAACAACCUUUUUUUUCUGUUUAAAAAAAAAUAAUAAUAAUUAAAAAAAUAAUAAAAAAGAAAAAUUCUUACAGCGCUGACAAUUGGGGGAAAAGGCGUUUGCGCUGCAAGAGGAUUGAACCUGAGUGCAUUUUGGCACUGCCACACAAACCCGGAUCCUUUAGGUGGAAGUUCUUGUGAAUUACAUUAAAAAAACAAAAAACAAAAAAAAAAAUCAUCUUUUUUUUUCUAAUAUUUAAAGAGUGUUUUUGUAGGUUUAAAAAAAAGACAAAAAAAAUUUAAAGACUCCCAGCUCGGCAUUUGCGGGCGCCGCGCCGGCUCCGCUCCCUUCCCCUCGUUGUUCCUUUGAGGUUUCGUUUGUUUCUUUUUUUUCUUUUUGUAUAAUAAAGUGAAAAAUAAUGUU